CGACCAUUUUUCAUUUCUCUCUUCUUCAACCUUUUUUUCUAUCGACGAUUUAUUUGUGAAAACCCAAAAUGAAUGAGGUGGUCAAGGUCGCUAUAUUACUCCUCACACGUCGAUGUGAAGGUUAAUGGAGCUAUUCACAAAGGUAUGCCUCACAAUUUCUACCAUGGACGUACUGGUCGCAUCUGGAACGUCACCAAGCGCGCCGUUGGUGUCGAAGUCAACAAGCAGAUUGGGAACAGAAUCAUAAGGAAGAGGAUACAUGUGCGUGUGGAGCGUGUGCAGCAGUCAAGGUGUGCUGAAGAGUUCAAAAACAUAAAAACGUAAAAAACAUUAAAACAUUAAAACCUAUAUAUUAUUUUCGAGUU